UUUGCCAGCUUAGGUUCAGACAAUACUCUCCCCACGUCCCGUUCUCCUGUCUCCAUCUUCCCCUUCCUCUGUCUUAAAACCACAAAAUCCCACUGGAAAAACAAACCGGGGGCCAAAGCCCCAUGUCGGACUAUGACGAAGACGGCAGCGAAGAUUACCUUUUCAAGAUAGUCAUAAUCGGGGACUCAGCCGUCGGCAAAUCUAACCUCCUUUCACGCUACGCUCGCAAUGAAUUCAACCCACAUUCCAAAGCUACCAUUGGCGUCGAGUUCCAGACCCAAAGCAUGCGAGUCUAUGGAAAAGAAGUUAAAGCUAAGAUUUGGGACACCGCUGGUCAAGAAAGCUCAUUGCGAUUCGACGGUAGCGAGGAUGUUGGUUCGCAACAAAUGCAACCUCGAAACUAUCCGAGAUGGGAGUGUCGAAGAAGGCAAAACCCUAGCCGAAGAAGAAGACAUGUUCUUCAUGGAGACAUCUGCUUUAGAUUCAAUGAAUGUUAAGGAGGCGUUCGAGCUUGUUAUACGAGAGAUUUACAACAAUGUCAGCAGGAAGCCGAAUUAACCGUCAAUCUUGUUGUUCCAGCUGAUAUAUCAUAUUUUUCAGAAAGCGUACAAGAUGAGCCCUUCCCAUGGUUUUAAUAUUCAAUUUAGUCAGUUUGUUCGGUUUUCCUCGUGUUUUCUCGACGGAUAUGUGUUAUGGGAGUCGUUAUUACCGAACAAUACUGUAUCAUAUGGUUAAAUUAUUGUCUUAACGUUAAAGAAACUAAGAACUAAUUUUUAAUUUA